CAUUCACAUUUACACACAGAGAUCAAGAUAAAGAUAAUACACGAUCAGAUGAAACUUUGUGCAAACCAAGACAACACAUUACAGUUACUCAGCGGCCAUUAAUGAGGCAAUUAAUGAUGCUUCAUUGCAUAAUAUAAAACCCCUCUUAGUGCUCGGAUUCACAACUUACACUCUGAGCUUGAAGAGAUGGACAUCAACGAGAAGAAGCUGGUCUCAAAACGAGCUUUAAUGUCAAUAACACUACUGAUAAUGCUGUGGUUGACAGUUAUGUCGCCGGCUCUGGCGUGCCAAUCGGACCGGGGUGAGUGUAAAGACUGCGUGGUUGAUCAAAUGAAGUACGGUUGCCCAAAAUGUGUGCCGCUGAUUCACUGCAUGGCGCGGUGCUUAUGGGGCGGCAGUUCCAGGGCCAAGUGCGUGAACAAGUGUGACUGUAAUGGUGCCAAACCAAGGCUUUCUGAUUGUAAGAAGUGCAUGUCCAGAUGCAAAUGCAGCUGUGUGGCUUAGACAAGUUCCCCCACCACCAUCAAACUUUAUGUGUAAGCUUCGGCUGUGUAAACUAAACUAUCAUAUACAUAUUUUCUGAU